AUGGCAUCCCGCUGCUUGCUCCCUGCUGCUGGAGCAUUGAUGCUCAUGUGUUUCCUCCCUGCAGCCUUUGUGGUGCUUCCUGGUGUUCAGACCCCGGCCCUUCACGAUGCAAAGGCGCAAGGAGGUGCAUCCUUUGCCAACCUCAGCAUGGCCAGCAUUGCCACCACAACCGCUGCAUUUGGUGUCGCAGCUGCUGUUGCGCGAAGCCGCAGUCGAGAAGGAAAGACAGCAGCCAAGUACACAACGCAGACGAUCUUGCCAUCGCUGGCAUGGAUCAAGACGGGCGCGAGGGCCUCUGAGUUGCAGCCCACUGAGUUGAAGGCACUGACACUCGCAGGCAAUGACGUGUUGAUUGGCAAGACUGAGGCUGGUGCUCUCUUCUGCGUUGGCAACUUGUGCCCUCACAUUGGCACUCCCAUGAGCGAGGGUGCGGAUGUCAUCGGUGAUGUGAUUGUAUGCCCUUUGCACGGCUCUUCCUUUAAGGUGACAACUGGUGAGCUCAUCGACUGGUGCGUCUCCCCACCCAUCAUUGGUCCUCUCACGGGCUUGAUCGUGGACAAGAAGAACCUCCUGAUUUUCGAGUGCCGCCAGGGUGGCUUCUUGGGAAGCGGAGAGGUCGAGGUGCUGGUAGACACGAACGCCAAGAAGGCCUACGAAGCUAACUACUGGAAGGGCUUGCUGGACGCACAGGGCAAAGAUGAUGGUAAGACAUUGCAGGCGUCGUGUGCCCCGAUUUUCCCAAUGGCAUCCCGCUGCUUGCUCCCUGCUGCUGGAGCAUUGAUGCUCAUGUGUUUCCUCCCUGCAGCCUUUGUGGUGCUUCCUGGUGUUCAGACCCCGGCCCUUCACGAUGCAAAGGCGCAAGGAGGUGCAUCCUUUGCCAACCUCAGCAUGGCCAGCAUUGCCACCACAACCGCUGCAUUUGGUGUCGCAGCUGCUGUUGCGCGAAGCCGCAGUCGAGAAGGAAAGACAGCAGCCAAGUACACAACGCAGACGAUCUUGCCAUCGCUGGCAUGGAUCAAGACGGGCGCGAGGGCCUCUGAGUUGCAGCCCACUGAGUUGAAGGCACUGACACUCGCAGGCAAUGACGUGUUGAUUGGCAAGACUGAGGCUGGUGCUCUCUUCUGCGUUGGCAACUUGUGCCCUCACAUUGGCACUCCCAUGAGCGAGGGUGCGGAUGUCAUCGGUGAUGUGAUUGUAUGCCCUUUGCACGGCUCUUCCUUUAAGGUGACAACUGGUGAGCUCAUCGACUGGUGCGUCUCCCCACCCAUCAUUGGUCCUCUCACGGGCUUGAUCGUGGACAAGAAGAACCUCCUGAUUUUCGAGUGCCGCCAGGGUGGCUUCUUGGGAAGCGGAGAGGUCGAGGUGCUGGUAGACACGAACGCCAAGAAGGCCUACGAAGCUAACUACUGGAAGGGCUUGCUGGACGCACAGGGCAAAGAUGAUGGUACCUACUACUGA